CUCCCGCAGCAGCGAUGUCCGUGGCGGGCUUGAAGAAGCAGUUCCACAAAGCCACGCAGAAAGUGAGUGAAAAAGUUGGCGGAGCAGAAGGAACUAAGCUAGAUGAAGAUUUCAAAGAAAUGGAAAGGAAAGUGGAUGUCACCAGUAGGGCUGUGAUGGAAAUAAUGGCCAAGACAAUUGAAUAUCUCCAACCCAAUCCAGCUUCCAGAGCUAAACUCAGCAUGCUCAACACCAUGUCUAAAAUUAGGGGCCAAGAGAAAGGACCCGGUUAUCCUCAAGCGGAGGCCCUGCUUGCAGAUGCAAUGCUAAAAUUUGGGCGAGAACUUGGAGAAGAGUGCAAUUUUGGCCCAGCUUUAGGUGAUGUUGGAGAAGCAAUGAGGGAGCUGUCUGAGGUGAAGGAUGCUUUGGAUAUUAAUGUGAAGCAGAAUUUCAUUGAUCCACUGCAAAAUCUCCAUGACAAAGAUCUGAGGGAAAUACAGCACCAUCUUAAAAAAAUGGAGGGCAGACGCCUGGACUUUGAUUACAAGAAGAAAAGACAAGGCAAGAUCCCAGAUGAGGAACUCCGCCAAGCUCUAGAGAAGUUUGAUGAGUCAAAAGAGAUUGCUGAAUCAAGCAUGUUUAAUCUGCUAGAGAUGGAUGUUGAACAAGUGAGCCAACUUUCUGCACUAGUACAAGCCCAGCUGGAAUACCACAGGCAAGCUACAGAGAUUCUCCAACAAGUUAGUCUCAAGCUGGAAGAAAGAAUAAAAGAAACAUCAGUUCAGCCCAGAAGAGAAUAUCAGCCAAAGCCCCGAAUGAGCUUGGACUUUAGUGACAAUAGUCAGCACAAUGGAGGGAUCUCUAAUGCUACCACUCCGAAGCCCUCAGGCGUCGGUAUGGAUCAGCCAUGUUGUCGAGCUCUGUAUGACUUUGACCCUGAAAAUGAAGGGGAGCUCGGUUUUAAAGAAGGCGAUGUCAUCACCCUCACCAACCAGAUUGACGAAAACUGGUAUGAAGGCAUGCUUCAUGGGCAGUCAGGCUUCUUCCCCAUCAAUUACGUGGAAAUUCUUGUUCCUUUGCCUCAUUAGGAUGGCCAAUUCACCCUAUCUAAAUUACUGUUUCUCCUAAAACAAGUCAUGUGUUGGUACCACUGCUCUUGAAAAAUUAAGAAAUGAAUAAAUGAAACGGCUGCUCUUUCCACAUCACAA